UAUAUGUUAAGUUUAGGUAUUCUGACAUAUGUUAUUCAAAUUUAUAUGUAAUAUAAUAUUUUAUUUAUAGAUUUUGAAAAAUUUAAAGUAUAUAUUAAAUUUUAAAAAUUUUAAAAUCAUUUAAAUGGAUUAUCCGAACCAGCAAAGAUCCGAACCAAACCCGAACCAAAAUUUAGAAAUACCCGAAUGAAGCUGAAAUCUUUAACUCUGAAAACCCGAAACCCGAAUAAACCCAAACCAAACCUGAAUGGGUACCCGAACGCCCAUCCCUAGAAGAAACCAUACUAGCGUAUAUAAAAUCAAUCAAAUCUAUAAUUUUGUAGUAUCUGGUUAAUAGAAGUCAUUAGACUGCUAAAAACAUCACUACAGGAAAACAUACAAUCUAUAUGAAAAUCAAGCUUAUUUGGUGGGAGGUUUUAUAAAAUCGCAGGAAUAAUUAAUUGUAGUAAAUACAUUAGAAAAAGGAAAGAGAUACAAGUGGAGAUUAAAAAGUUUAAAGAAGAUGAAAUGAGAAGAACAAGUUGUCCGAGCAUUGGUUCAACUCUCUUUUUUGCUUUCAUCCUUUCUGGUAGGUAUAGUUGUGCUUCAGUUCUUUUCUUUCAUCUCAUUUGCUUCUUUUACCCUUGUCAUUUUGCACAUAUAUAUCAAGCAUUGAUAAAAAGAGGAUUAAAUUCAGCAGAAACGUACGAUUUGUUUGGAUUUUGUUCAAGAUGUUCACCGCAUUAUUACUAUUUGGGUCGACAGUUAACCACAUGUUCACUCUUUUUGUUAUAAUCCAUGAUUUUUCUCUCAUGGUUGAACUGGUAUCUUACAAUACGUGAAGAUAAAAAUCAAAGAUAACAUGAAAAAUUAUAUAUUGAUUUUUUAUACUUUUUUUUGUUAAAUGAUUUUGGAAAAUACUUGCUUCGCUAUAUAUAUUGAAACCGUCUCUUUUUACACACCCGUAAUAAUUAUAACAUUUUGAAUAUAUAAACAUACGAACAUUUGAUGCACAAAAAACAUACGGACAUGUAAUAUAUAUAUAAUUGUUUACAAAUCUUAAUUAUGUGAGAUUUAGUAAAUAAUUUAUUUUAGAAAAAACUUUGGACCUUCUAUGAGAUUGUAGGUACACCUGAACAAAGGUUAAUAACAGUCCACAGAAAAUCGAAUAUCGAUACUACAUAUGUACUGACUUAUAACAGUGGUGUCUCAUAUAAUGAUAAUGUAUAAAUGCAAAUAACUAUAUUGUUUGAAUCAGUCCGUGACAACGGUCCAUAACCCUUUUUAACAGUCGUCAGAAAACACGGUCGCGACAUGUACAUACACGCACAUACCUAAAGCCAUACGUAACACACACCAUAUUACAAAUAAGAUAUUAUUAUAUAUUUAUUAAAAUAUAGAUUUCUGACACACAUUUACGUACGUGUAUCUAUAAUACGCAAAUGCACCGCAUAGUCUUUCUCCUCCUUUGAUGGUCUAAAUCUGACGUGACAUUUCCCUCUCUUGUUUCAUUUCCUCUCUCUCGAAACAGAAACGUCAUGUUUAUCUCGGAAAAGCAACGGUGGACGGAUGAGGUCGCCGCCGCGAGGAGAGAAGCUUCUUCUUGGGACUUCCCUUUCAACGACAUUAACGUUCAACAUCAUCGUCGCUGCAACACAAGUCAUGAGUUUGAUAUCUUGAAGAGUCCUCUUGGAGAUAACGUAGAAGGGAGUAAUAAUCAUAACCCUAAUUAUAGUAACAAUGAGAGCGGUAAGAAGGAGACGACAGAUAGUGGACAGUCUUGGUCUUCCUCGUCUUCAAAACCGUCGGUCUUGGGGAGAGGACACUGGAGACCAGCUGAGGAUGUUAAACUCAAAGAGCUUGUCGCCAUUUACGGUCCACAAAAUUGGAACCUCAUAGCUGAAAAGCUUCAAGGAAGAUCAGGGAAGAGCUGUAGACUUCGGUGGUUUAAUCAAUUGGACCCGAGGAUAAACAGAAGAGCUUUCACGGAGGAUGAAGAAGAGAGACUUAUGCAAGCGCAUAGGCUUUAUGGUAACAAGUGGGCAAUGAUUGCGAGGCUAUUUCCUGGUAGGACUGAUAACUCUGUCAAGAACCAUUGGCAUGUUAUCAUGGCUCGUAAGUAUAGAGAACACUCCUCUGCUUACCGUAGGAGGAAGCUCAUGAUUAAUAAUCCACUUAAACCUCAGCUUUCUAAUCAUCCUAGCCCUAACCCUAAUCACCACUCUUUUAUCUCCACUCAUCAUUACUUUACUCAGCCUUUCCACGAGUUUAAUUUGACUCAUCAUUUGGUUAAUAAUGCGUCUAUCACGCCUGACCAUAACCAGCUUGUGUUGCCUAUCCACUGUUUUCAAGGUUAUGAGAGCAAUGAGACUCCAAUGGUUGUGAGUAUGUUUGGCAACCAAAUAAUGGGCGGGGAUAAUGUUGAUGUCAUGUCAGAAGGGUUGUAUGAAUAUCCUUACAUUGACUCUACGAGCCACGAGAAAGGAGUGCCAAAUGAGCCAAUGAGUUGGAUCGGAAUGGAAGGUGAAGAUGAGGAGGUGGUGGAGAAGGCGAAGCAGCAACCACAUUUUUUCGAUUUUCUUGGCUUGGGGACGGCAUGAAACUUGAACAAAGUGGUGUAAUAAUGAGUUAAUGACAGUUAUUAAUUUGGUUAGUGAAAAGCAAGAAGUUAUCUUUAUCUGUUUAGAAAGCAAAAUGCCUUGUGUUUGCGUUUAUUGGUAAAAUGUAGAUUGUUGUUGUGGCCUUGUGGGGCGUCUAAUUAAUGUAUAACAUUUGAUAAAAUCUCGGUAUUAUAGUAACUCUUUGCUAUAUUUCUCAACUUAGGAGAUUGUGUUAAGAAAAAGUAAAAAGAAAAGGGGAUAAGAGACGUAAAAUAUACUAAAGAUGUGAUCAGAAAAAACAACUAAAGAGAGAGAGAAUCGAAAUUAAAAGAGUGUAGUUGUGAAGAGUUGGAGAAAGAGACGAAGAUGAGGAACUGUCAAAGAUUGAGGCAGAGAUUGUGCAACAGAAAGGCCAAACAUGAAACAUGCUAACCAAAUCACACACACACAUUGCAUUUGUUUCUUCCCUCCAAACCGUUUUCCUACUCUUCAAGCUUCUUAUCUAUUUGUCUCUCUCUCAUAUCACGCGGAGCCACAUACCUACUAUUUUCUUAUAUUUAUAUUUUUUUCAUGUUUUUGAUAUAAAAGAAUACUUGCAUGUUUCUUGUAGUAAACUUAUUUUUGGUUUUGAAUAUUUGUUAUUUUAGUAUCAUAUUAGUAAAUGUAGGUUUUCAUAGUUUUUAAAAGGUGUACUCAAAGUGGUUAUUUAUUUUUGACUUUUUAAGUAGAAAACUUAUAUUUGAAGAUUAUGUUAAUUUAUCACAUCAUUAUAUAUUAAAAACUUAACAGAAAUUUUGAUCUAUUUCAACCAAAAACGUCAAAGUUAAUAGAGGCGAUUAAAAAUAUUAUUUCCAUUGACCUAUACAUUUUUGAAGUUCUACUUCAAAAAACAUCGUCUUCGUUUAGAAAUCUGUCAUCCACCAAUGUAAUUUCGCCAUUCUCACUAAUAAUCAUGCUGUGAUCAUUUAUAAAUUGUGCUCACGUACGUGCAACACUGCCUAUUUGAACUUUUUAUUCCACAUAGUAUAUAUUUUUUUAUGGUGUGGACGUUCAUAACGUACAAAUUAAGGUGUUAGGCAUUUCAUUGUCCACUGUAGUGAUGCAUUAGUUUAAUUGUCAAUUUGUCAUAACAUGAGUAAUUCCUAAUUCCCUAUUGUUGCCAUGUUUUAGAAUUCCCCUUGAUACUUAGCACAGUAAAGAUUAGAGUACGUAGGUUGUGAAAUGCCAACAUAUUUCUUUAUCUUUUGGAAGUCUGCUCAACAAGACCGGGAGGGAGCGAACACAAUAUGCUUGCAAAAGACCCUCCCAAAACAAAACGGUUUGCAAUUCGUAAUUUACGUAAGCCGUUCUGGAGUUCCGACAGGCCCAUUGGGCUUAAACCCUUCUGGAGCUAUUCCUUUCGGAGACUUCGGGUGAACAAUGAACGAAUGAUGGAAAUAAUGCAUUCUCUAAUGUUCAUAAAAAAAAUCAUCAUUCACAAAAAAUAAUUUUCUUUUUCAUUUCCUCUUAUUUCUUUUCUCGUAGAGAAAUAAAGAACAAAACUAUUCCUUAUUAAACUUGAGAAUGAACAACUAUCUAUUUUCAUAUUAUUUUAUUUUUUACGUUUUUUUUUAUUAGUUCUUUUUGUUUCCAGAAUGGUCACCCGUUCGGAUCUUUUUUGUUAGCUUUUUUUUUUUAGCCAAAUCCAACAAUAUUUCAUGCUAAAAAAGAAACAUGUAUAGUUGACAAAAAAAAAAAGAGAGAGACGUGUAUAUAUUUAAAAAAAAAAAUGUAUGUGUUUAAUCUGAUUCCGGGACAGAAGUACAAAAACAAUAUUUCAUGCUAACUGAGAAACAUGUAUAUUUAUAAAAU